CGUACGUUGCUUUGAGAACAAACACAAGAACGUUGUUGGAUUUGGAGAAAUAAUGGAUUUUAAAGGUAUAAAAUGGGUUGGGAAUGUGUAUCAGAAGUUUGAAGCAAUGUGCUUAGAGGUUGAAGAAAUUAUUGUGCAGGACACAGCAAAAUAUGUUGAGAAUCAAGUUCAGACGGUUGGUAACAGUGUCAAGAAAUUCUGUUCAGAUGUGGUUCAAGACUUGCUUCCUGAUGACUCUGUAGAUUCGGGAAAACCUUUGCCCGUUUCUAUGUUACAUGAAUACGCUCCUGUUUGUUCUUUCAAAAAGAAAAGAGAUAGUAUGAACCGAAAAACUAGAGAUGUGAAACAAGAACAAGAGGUAACUGAAGGGAAGAAGGAUGGAUGUGCAAAGAAAUUUCGUGGUCUUGAUGCAGAUGAUUACGAUAUCUAGAUUAGAAUCGACAAUGAACACGGUCUUAUGGCGGAUAAUUCUGUUAGAAGUCAAGAUUCGGAGAUUCAACCAUCUGUUGCCGCUAGCUUAGCUGCAGGAUCUGAUGAUUGCAGAAAGGAAACCAAUGUGGAUACAAAAACAAGUUCGAGUUCUGUCUCAGAGCAGAAGUCAGAGAUUCUCAAACAUCUUAGUGGAAGAUCAGUUGAAGAAAGCUGUAUACUCGUGGAUAGAGACGAAUUUCAUUGUGUGUUUCCUGACAAGAUGGAGAAUGACAAACACAAACCUUACAAGAAGAUCCGAGACGCUAUAUCUUCAAGAAUGAAACAAAACAGAGAAAAAGAAUACAAGCGACUUGCCCGGCAAUGGUAUGCAGAAGAUGUUGAAAAUGGAAGAGAAUGUGGCGAUGAUCCGAAACCAUUAGAGGAAAACCAAUCAUCAGAAGAAUCUGAAUGGGAGCUUCUGUAAAAUGUUAAAUGGUAACAGAGAAUAUAGCUCUCCUCUCUCUUUGUACAAAAAGAAUGUAUUAAGCAAAACAUAAGAUCAGAAGCAGCUUAAAAGGCUUCUUCCUCUGGUUACAUAAUAAUAUUUAAGGCCCUUA